AUUGUAUUAAAGAUUCUGGUGUUGACAAGAGCAAGAUCGAUGAAGUCAUUUUGGUUCGGAGGUAUGAGUAGAAUGCCAAAAGUCUAAAAGUUAGUCUAAGAUCUCUUCAACAAACCACCCAACAAGUCAGUCAAUCCUGAUGAAGCAGUAUCAAUUGGUGCUGCCAUUCAAGGAGGUGUUUUGAAAGGAGAUGUCAAGGAAUUAUUAUUAUUGGAUGUUACUCCUCUCUCUUUGGGUAUUGAAACUUUGGGAGGAGUAUUCACAAAAAUGAUUCCAAGAAACACAACCAUCCCAACCAAAAAGAGUUAAACCUAUUCAACUGCCAGUGACAAUCAAACUGUCGUUUCAAUCAGAGUCUUCUAAGGAGAAAGAGAAAUGGCUGCUGAUAACAAAUUAUUGGGACAAUUCGAUUUAUCAGGUAUCCCCCCUGCUCCAAGAGGAGUACCAUAAAUCGAUGUCACUUUCGAUAUUGAUGCCAACGGUAUCGUCCACGUUUCUGCCAAAGACAAGGCAACAGGAAAGGAUCACUCCAUCACCAUUCAAUCAUCAGGUGGUUUGAGUGAAUCUGAAAUUCAAGAUAUGAUCAAUAAAGCUGAAAAGUACAAGGAUGAAGAUAAGAAGAGAAGAGAACUCGUUGAUUUGAAGAAUGAAGCUGAUGGAGCUAUAUUCAACACAGAGAAGUCAUUGAAUGAACACAAGGCUAAAUUACAACCAAAUGAAGUUUAAGAAAUUGAAAGUGCCAUUCAAAAUUUGAGAGUACUCUUAACUGAAAAUCUCACUGCAAAUGAUGUUCAAAGACUUAAGGAUGCAGUUGAAAAUGUCAAGAAUUCAGCAAUGAAAAUCGGACAAGCAAUGUAUCGUAAUACUGGAGGCUGCUAGUGAGUAAUAGCAAUAGUAAUCUUCUGAAUAAUAGGGAGAGUAAUAACAAUAAUAAGAAGGUGGAGAAAAUAACAACAAUAAAUAAAAUU